CUCUUUCUCUUCAUUGCUGGUUGCUCAAACCAUACAGCACACAGCCAAAGAGCCACUCCGUCCCUCUCCCACUGAUCGGGCUUUAAACCACAACUUUCCCCUGGAAACUAAGACAUUACACCAAAGGAAGUUAUUGCUCAAGUCUAAAGAACACUUACCGAAGGAGAGGUGAGACUGAGAGAAAGAACCGGUACAAAAAACGUGAAUCAGCAGGUUUUCCCAUCACAGUUCAGAGCAGUUGAAGUUUGGCAGCUAUGACUCAGAGCAAUGGGGAGAACCCACAGAGGACCCGGAGUGGUCUACACCAGAUCCGAGCCGGGAUCCAGUCCCGAUCACUAAUGGCCAAGAAGAGAGUGGAGAACAUCUCGAAGAAUGAUGUGAAGGGAUUCUUCAUGAGAAAUGCCUUUGUGAUCUUUACCGUUGCUGCAGUCAUUAUUGGCAUAAUCCUGGGAUUUGCCCUGCGACCUUAUAACAUGUCUUACCGUGAAGUCAAGUUCUUCUCUUUCCCUGGAGAACUGCUGAUGAGAAUGCUUCAGAUGCUCGUGCUGCCCCUGUUGGUUUCCAGUCUCAUCACAGGUAUGGCCGCUCUUGACAGCCGUGCUUCUGGUAAAAUGGGUAUGAGGGCAGUGGUCUACUAUACCACCACUACCGUCAUAGCUGUGUUCAUCGGUAUCGUCAUGGUGCUCAUUAUUCACCCUGGAAAAGGAUCAAGGGAGGAGUUCACCAAGAAGCAGAAGGUAGAGCAGGUCAGCCCUGCUGAUGCCUUCCUGGACCUUAUCAGAAACAUGUUUCCUCCUAACCUUGUGGAGGCUUGCACCAAACAGUUCAAGACACAGUACGCCAAGAGAGUAGUCCAUGUGGAAAUGAAAGUGAAUGACACGAUAUUCACACUCAAUGGUAACCAGACGAUAACCCGGGAGGAGAUGAUCCCAGUGCCAGGGGCGGUUAAUGGAGUCAAUGCCCUGGGCAUGGUGGUGUUCUCCAUGUGCUUCGGUCUAAUCAUCGGGAGCAUGAGGGAACAGGGACAGCCCCUCAAGGACUUCUUUGACUGUCUCAAUGAAGCCAUCAUGAGGCUGGUCGCCAUAAUUAUGUGGUAUGCCCCUAUCGGAAUAUUGUUCCUGAUUGCUGGUAAGAUCGUGGAGAUGGAUGACAUUUCAACCAUGGGUGGCCAGCUGGGAAUGUACACAAUUACAGUCAUUUGUGGCCUGCUCAUCCACGCUAUCAUUGUCCUGCCAACGCUCUACUUCGUCGUCACCAGGAAGAACCCAUUCGUUUUCAUCGCUGGGCUGUUGCAGGCACUCAUCACUGCCCUGGGAACAUCCUCUAGUUCUGCCACAUUGCCCAUCACUUUUAAAUGCCUGGAGGAAAACAACAAGGUGGACAAGCGCGUGACCCGUUUCGUGCUCCCUGUCGGCGCCACCAUAAACAUGGAUGGCACAGCUCUGUAUGAGGCCCUGGCAGCCAUCUUUAUCGCUCAGGUCAAUGAUUAUGACCUUAACUUUGGACAGAUUCUCACCAUCAGUAUCACAGCCACAGCAGCCAGUAUCGGAGCAGCUGGAAUCCCUCAGGCAGGAUUGGUCACAAUGGUGAUAGUGCUAACGUCUGUAGGCCUGCCCACUGAUGACAUCACGCUCAUCAUUGCCGUUGAUUGGUUCCUGGACCGAUUGCGCACCACCACCAACGUCCUCGGAGACUCCAUUGGUGCAGGUAUAGUGGAACACCUGUCGCGCCACGAGUUGCAGAAAAAGGAUCCCGAGGUGGGCAACUCAGUGGUGGAGGAGGCAGACAAGAAGCCAUACCAGCUCAUCUCCCAGGAGAAUGAGUAUGAAAACGACAGGCCGGCUGACAGCGAGACCAAGAUGUAGGGGCCAGAUUUUUGACCAAGGUUGCAUACAUUCUUAGGAAAACCAUUGUACUGCAUUGAACCAUGGUUUUAACUAAGCUCUUCUUAACUUUCCUCUCACAAGAUUGGAGGGUUCAAAUUACAUUGAUCUACAGCUAGAAUAUAUUCCAGCCAAGAUAUGUUCCACUAAUAUGUGAGGUCUGAUGUGGGCCUUCUGGGGGACACUCUGCAGACUUGAAGUGGUUCUUUGUUGCAUUGUUUUUCUAAGGGUGUGUGCUAUAAUGCUUCCAAAAAGUACUAUACCUGCCAUUGGAUGCCAGCUGUUUACUAUUAAGAAUGAACUACCGUACUCUUGAGCCUGGUGGUCCGUGGCCUGUAUGCCAUAUCCAGCUCCUCUCAGAACCGUGAUGCCUAAUCUCACCCACUAGAGGCCAGUAUUGCUGUGAGUCUUAACACCUCAGCAUAUUACAGCCCCUACUUGCACAGACUUUUUCUGACUUUAAAGUAGUUGCUUUUGUUUUGUUUGAAUGGUGUUGUAUAUGAAAAUGUAAGUGAAAUGAUAGUAAAUCUAUCUGGUGACUGAUGUGAAAAGUGUUGGAUACAUGCAUGAACAGUGGGUGACCAGGACAACUUCUUUGGGGGAAAAGGGCUGUCUCUUUACAAACCUUUGUGCGGACAUUAGUGGCUUUAUGUUCUAUGAUUUGGUGUACAGGCUUUAACUGAAUGAAGAAAUGUAAUUUACUGUACCUUAAGGCAUAGAUACUUUUCUCCCCCAACUGUCCAAACCAGUAAGUGCUACUGUUAGACAAACAAAGAUGUCAGAAAAUCUCAAUCCAGCCUUUUUUUUGUUCAAACCUCAAACCAAUCAUUACCGUCAGAUGAGCCAAAAUCACUCAGCCAUGCUUUUAAAUUUGCUCAGCUGAGAAUUUGUCAUUAAAUCUGAUUUUUAAGCCAAUAUAUUUCAACCAAAAAACGCACCAAAAAUAUUAUCCAAAUUUCUGUACAAUUUAAUAAAUCAUACCCAAACAAAUCACAAACCCUCUCAAUGAUACAAUACUAUUUCAAUAGAAAGAUAGUUAUUCUAGCAAUGAUUGUGAGUCAGUAUCUUACAGACAACCUCUAACAAGUGCAUGGAAAUAAAAAAUCUUUGGUCGAAACAGUCAGCAUGAAAUAUGUUUUAUAUUAAAUUAGUAAAAUGGUAGUAAGGGAUGUAUUUUAAAAUUUUACUAGAGCCUCCUCAAGUCUAGUCUAUUCUCCAUUCUUUCAAUAAUAAAGUCUAACAUUAUUUCAUUUGAUUUAAUAUGGAUGCAUGCUCAAAAGUAAUGGAUUUCACUUAAUUCCCCAACUUUUUUUUUUUAGCUAGCUUGAAUUUGUACUGUUUUGCAUGUGAGCUAAUUUAUAUAUAUAUAUAUAUAUAUAUAUAUAUAUAUAUAUAUAUGUAACAAAUGUAACAUAGAAGUUGCUUUGUGUAGAAGAUUCUUUUGAAUAUAAUGUACUUGUAUAGAAAAAUGUAGAUAAAUGUGUAAAUUAAUAGUAGAUUUAAAGUGUAGAAGGAUACUUGAGGACUAUGUAUGUAAAGAGGCUGUAACCAUGGUCUUAUCAAACCGAAUGACCAAUCUAAUGUCCCUCUAGUUUCUUUUACAAAUGCAAAACUGGCUGAUUUAAAAGGACCAAAUCUUUAAUUUCCAAACUUGAGGAAAUGGAAUUGUUCCUUUGUUUACAGUUGCUGGUGUCUCUCUUGACUGAAUUCUGCAAUCACAUACACACACACACACACACACACACACACACACACACACACACACACACCUGAAUAAUAGCUGUAGUUUUAUCUUGCAUGGAAUUUUUUCAAAUAAAAAAAAAUGAAAUCA